ACCCUCGAAAGCGAAAGUGUAACGUAGUCCUACAGAGUGGCGCCAUUUUUUUUCUUCGCUCGGCCGGCUCUUGCUUCGUAUAUAUAGCGAAGCCGAGGGGCAACACGCAUCAUUCGCAUUCAGGACCUCGUUGGCUUCAGUGCAACCAUACGAAUAGCAUCAUGAAGCUCAUGCUCGUGGCCGCCAGUCUGGUGGCUCUCUUGGCCUUCGCUCAUGCCGAAGAAGCCAAGAAAGCAGAAAAAGAAGUGGCAGUGACCGACAACAAGGAGGCGGCAUCUGACGACAAAAAGCACGAAAAGAGAGGACUGUGGGACAUCGGCCUGGGCUAUGGACAUGGCGGUUUGGAAGGCGGAUUCGGUGGAUUCGGUGGCGAUUUCGGUGGUCAUCAUGAAACCCACAAAACUGUCACCGUAGUCAAGAACGUUCCCGUUCCCUACCCAGUAGAGAAACACAUCCCCUACCCCGUCGAAAAGAAAAUCCCCGUGCCCGUUAAAGUACCAGUGCCCCAACCCUACCCCGUGGUCAAGCACGUCCCCUACCCAGUGAAAGAGAUCGUCAAAGUUCCCGUUCACGUGCCUCAACCCUACCCAGUUGAGAAGAAAGUGCCCUACCCCGUCCAUGUGCACGUCGACAGGCCCGUCCCCGUCAAGGUGUACGUUCCCCAGCCCUACCCCGUCGAGAAACACGUGCCCGUCCCCGUCAAAGUACCAGUGCCCGCUCCUUACCCAGUAGAGAAGAAGAUACCUUACCCCGUGAAGGUCCCGGUUCAUGUACCCGCUCCUUAUCCCGUCAUCAAGGAGGUGCAUGUACCCGUCAAGGUCCCCGUCGACCGUCCCGUGCCCGUGCAUAUUCCCAAGCCUGUGCCUUACCCCGUUGAGAAGCCCGUCCCGUACCCGGUAGAGAAGCCCGUGCCUUACCCCGUCAAAGUGCACGUCGACCGCCCUGUGCCUGUUCAUGUUGAGAAGCCCGUGCCCUACCCCGUGAAGGUGCCCGUGCCCGCCCCAUACCCCGUUGAGAAGCACAUCCCCUACCCCGUGGAGAAACACGUGCCAGUCCCAGUGAAGGUGCCCGUCGACAGGCCCUACCCCGUCCACAUCGAGAAGCAUGUGCCGUACCCAGUGGAGAAGCCCGUGCCGUACCCAGUUAAGGUGGCCGUUCCCGUCAUCGUCGGUCAUGGUCAUGGUCACGAGUAUGGACAUCAUGAUAGCUAUUAGAGGCUGCAGGAAGCAGACAAUCUGAAUGUGAUAUAAAUAUAAGCUUAGCACGAUAACGAACGAACAGAGACCGUGAAACAUCUCAUCAAAAGGAUAGUGGUAAUGCAGCCAGAUCCCUGGAAGUCUUGUUUCACGACCUGUGUCCGCCCCGCACUGAUAAUACUCUUUUUUUAAGUCUCUUUUUUAUUUUGUUAUAUUUUUUGUUUAAUACCAAAUCGGUGACUGUUAUUUAGUCUUUUGAGUUGAUGUACCUGUUAUUUUAAGUUGCUAAAACUGUAGACGAACUCUUCUAUUCAAAAAAAGUUACCAGUAUUUUUAUACGAACUGAAAAUAAAGCGUGGCGAU